AUGAAGAUGGUGAGCUUAUUCUGCAUUGUGAUGUUUAUGUGUUCAAUGUGGAUGAUGGGUGAAGCUAGAAUUCCAGGAGUUUACUCCGGUGGUGCAUGGCAAAAUGCCCAUGCUACCUUCUAUGGCGGUUCUGAUGCUUCUGGUACCAUGGGAGGAGCUUGUGGGUAUGGGAACUUGUACAGCCAAGGGUAUGGAGUUAACACGGCGGCAUUGAGCACUGCCUUGUUCAACAACGGGUUGAGCUGCGGUGCUUGCUUCGAGAUCAAAUGUGCUAGUGAUCCCAGGUGGUGCCAUUCAGGGAGUCCUUCCAUCUUCAUCACCGCCACCAACUUUUGCCCGCCCAACUAUGCUCUCCCGAACGACAAUGGCGGGUGGUGCAACCCUCCUCGCCCUCACUUUGACCUCGCCAUGCCCAUGUUCCUCAAGAUUGCCGAGUACCGUGCUGGCAUUGUCCCCGUUUCUUACCGCCGAGUGCCAUGCCGGAAGAUGGGAGGGAUACGGUUCACAAUAAACGGGUUCCGUUACUUCAACCUGGUUCUGAUCUCCAACGUAGCGGGAGCAGGGGAUAUCGUGAAGGUAAGUGUGAAAGGAAGUAGAAGCGGUUGGAUGAGCAUGAGCCGGAACUGGGGUCAGAACUGGCAGUCAAACGCGGUGCUUGUGGGUCAGACACUGUCGUUCAGGGUGACAGGCAGUGACAGGCGCACUUCCACCUCUUGGAACAUCGUUCCCUCCCAUUGGCAGUUUGGUCAAACAUUCACUGGCAAGAAUUUCAGGGUUUGAACACAACUUUGGAACCAGGAAAAAAAAGCAGCAGCAAUUAUUAACCCCAUGAUAUAACUUUUUUUUUAUUUUUAAAUGGAAGUUUCCCACCAUAAUAUAUUACGAUGUUUUAGGGGCGGAGUUCCGUUUUAACCAAUUGGAUUGGGGGUGUUUUUUGUUUUGGUUCGGGCAUUUGGAAUGGUGGGUUUUGUUUUUGUGAUGUGGUUUGAAGGGAAGGACUGAGGCGGCUGCACAGAAAUGUAGCCCGCAGCCUAUAAGUGUUGAGGGAUUUUAGGACCUUUUAUGUAUUUUAGUUUAAUUGAAUUAUAAUAUAUAUUUGGUUUGUUUCUUAUCA